AUGGCUUCCCUAGGUUCUGAUGUGCAAGCCACUAGUAAUGAACUGGUCUCUGUUAUUGAAGAAAUGAAAGAACGACGUGCAGAGCUUGAUCAAAGCAUUAGACGUGAAGAAGAAGAACGAACUCGAUUACUCACCGAGAUAAAGGCUUUAAACGCUCGUUUAACCUCAAUAGAUGAAAGUUUGCGACGGAAAAUGACGGCGAAAUCAGAUCUUGAUAAAGUUAUUCAUGAUACAUCAGAGGCAUUCAGAAAAAUACUUGACGCAUCUAAGCAGUUGCUCAGCAAUGUGCGUGAGGAAUCCUCAGGUAUUCGUCACUGUGAUGGUCUUUAA